UGCUCUGUAAUGCUCGUCGGUUCCGGAAGACGGCGCUAGCUGGACAACUUUCAUCCAGACCGCGAGACAUGUGGCUGAGACUUUCUGUAAGCUACGCUCCGUUUUCAGCCAAAAACAAUUCCACGAUUCAUCGGCAUUUCGUAGCAGGAGGGUGGUCGUAGAAAAUAAUUCACUAGUUGCAAAUCAGCUGCUGUUCUUUUUAAAGUACUGUGAAACAGGACAUCCCUGGGCCGUACAUGACUGGAGCUGGAAGUGGUGACCAGGGCCCACCGGAUGGGAUGGAUGCUGAGGAGGCAGAGAGGUGUCCUGUCUGUCUGGGCAUCUUGGCUGGAGGCGAGCUCGCCGUGCCUGACAGCUGCUGCCACGUCUUUUGCCUAAGAUGCCUCCUCACUUGGGCAGAGGUGGCUCCUUCAUGCCCAGUGGACAGAAGACCUUUCACCAGUGUUUACAGAUGGGACGGGGAGCUCAGCUGUGUGCAGGUUCCUGUGAAGAAGCGAGUGACUCAACAUGAAGCUGAGAGUUACUGCUGUAGAAAUCCUGAACAAAAACUCUAUCUCAAAAGUAAGCCUGCAAGAAGAAUGAAACGGCGAAAUGCAGAGAGGACAGCAGAUGCCAAAACAAAAGGACUUGUGAGGAAAUGUAAUGAUGAAGACCCCUCUUCACUAAACAGAAAAAAGGUGAGAGGAACAGAGUGCUGUACUUGGUCACCACCUCCCUGUGUAUUGUUGACUACACAGGACAUGACAGAGUUUGUUUGGGUGACAGAGGACCUACUGUAUGACAAUGGGUUCAUACAAUGCAAACCCCAGGUACAAAGCUGUCCAUGGCUUUCUCCUGCUGUUCCUAUCCCUGUUAAUGGCACCUCAAGGCAGCAUUUUAGUCCAACUAGUUGGAACCACACCCUGUUUCCAUUUGGCCUCUGUUCAUCUUCCUUUACCUCCAGCACACCAUUUCACUCUGGGGAUUUUGUGUUUCAGGGUGUUGUCUGUGCCAUCACAUGUCCCAAAGGAGGAGAAAAGCGAGGUGGCCGAGCCUCAACCUCCAAAGCCCCCACCAAAGAGACAAUGUCUCUACCAUCCAGGCAAUCUGGGUGCAACAGUAAAAUCCAGGAAGAGACUUGCAUAUCUGAUCCCUCAUUGCCAACUCAGUCCAGUUCAUCAGACUGUGACUCUUCCAACAACCAAUCCACCAAGCCAAGCAAGACUUCUCAGGUGCCAGCCAAGAGGAAGGGAAAACAGGCAAAAAAUCAAAAGGCCAGCGCCAAACGGAAAGCAACAAGAAAAAAAUGCUCUCCUAAAGUUGUCAGCAGCUCAGCAGCAAGUGAGGAGGAGGAAAAAGUUGAAGGUCAUGAGGAGGAAGAAGACAAAACUAAACAGGAGCAUGAUAAAAACAACUCAGAGCAGCAGCAGUCUGAUGCUGAAGGGAACCUCAGUGCAGACCAGGACAGUUUUAACUCUGCUGAUGAGCAAGGAGGUGCAGAAUCUCUGAGUAACAAUGUGCAACAGGACAGUGAUGAGACUCAGGAACAAUAUAAUGAACAAGAAGAGAAACUAGAUGAUGGAGAUGGUGACCUGUCUUGUCCCUCAGGCUUGGCUCUCAACAGCCCUGGUUCAUGUUCUGAGCGUGCCCAGAGCAAGAAAGAGGCUCAAUAUCCAGGCCGUUUUGCUUCCUCUGGAGACGAGGAUUCUGAGAAAAGGGAUUCACCAUCACCCCCUAAUUUUCAGAAUGCUCUGCUGGAGGACCCAGUGUCUCCACAUUGUGAUGAGGAGACUGAGCAGGACGAUACAAAGGAAAUUUGUGCAGAGUCACAAGAAGUGAACAGUGAGGAAUCUUCAGUGGAAAUGAAGGCAGAAUCAAGUGAGAGCCUGACACAACCUGGUUCUCACUCUGCUGGAGAGUCGGAAGAAAAUGUAGCAGACCCAGAAACAAAAUCCUCUGAGGUCACUGAUACAAAAAUGCUUGGAUCAUUUGACAGUUUUGGGGAAGGAACUGAGGAUGAUAGUCCAUCCAAAGAUGCUAGUUCAUCUAAAGAUAACACUGACACUGUCCCCAUGGACUGCAGUUUGCCCAUGAGUGAGCAUGGUAACAAUCAAAUUUUGGAGCUACCAAAGGAUAGUGUUAACCCAGCUGCCACAGAACGUCAUGCUUCUGAAAACCAAGUCACCAAGAGCUGCAAGGGCCAACAGGAGAGAGAAAAAAGCCAAGAGAGGAAGAACGGCAGGCAGCGACGCUCUCGCUUCCACUCCCCAACCUCCACCUGGUCACCUAAGAGGGACUCCAAGCAAGAUUCAUCCAGGCACUCGCACUCACAAUCUAGAGAACGUGAUGGCAGCCCGCCCUCAAGUUGCUCUUCUCGCAGCAGAGAAAGGGACAGGCACCGGGAUGGUGACAGAGAGUAUUCUAGGAAGGGCCGUAGCCGAGAGAGGAGGAGACGGCAAUCCAGGAGUCGCUCUAGGUCCAGGUCGCGCUCUCGGUCUAGGUCUCGAACCAGGACAAAGUCCUACAGACGAGGGCCCAGUCCUGGGCGGCCUGGUUCCAGAGAGCAAUCUCCCCAGAGGAAGGAGCAUAAGGGUGGGUGGAGGUCUGGGCAGGGUAGCGGAUUUGGUGGUGAGGGAUGGAGGUAUUAUAGAGGCACUAGUCGCUUUGAGAAUGGUGUGCCUACAGAAAGUUCCCCUGAUUGCCAAGGGUGGUCGGAUAAUCCUGACUGGGUUACAGAAAAGACUCGUGGUGAAGAUGAGGGCAGGAACCAGGAUUUCAAUGGCAGCUCACGCUGGGAAGAGCACCGCAACAGUGGUGGGAACCGGAGAGAACCACAGGGACGGGGGGCCCGUGGCGGGUUUGAACAUGGCCGGGGUACGGGGCGGGGCAGGGGCAACUGUAGCUUCUACAUCCAGCAGGAGGACUCAACGGACGACCGCUGGCAGCCCAGAAACAACUUCUCAGGUACAGGCAACAAUUCAGGGAAUGACGCAUAUAGCCGCUUCAGUGUCCGGAAGAAAGAUGCAGAGCCAGGGGACUCUAUGCUUGACCGGUCGGGAUGGUCAUCAGCAUCCAGCUGGGCUGUCAGGAGGACACUCCCUGCAGAUGUGCAGGAUUAUUACUUGAAAAGGGAGAGGGGAGGACCUGGAGGCUGGACCCGACUAGAGGAGGAGCAGCAGCCAGCAGCAGCAGUAGAUCCCCCUAAAAGUGAACCUCCUCCACAGGUUGUCCCAGGUAACGCUCCGGUGCCUGUGAUGAACAUGAUUCCCCCUCAUCCUCCUCAGCUGAAUGUUCUUCCCCUGCACUACCCCAUGCAGGGCCCGAGGGGAACCCUGCCGGUCAGCUUACACCCUGCAGUCCCAUACACCAUGCCUCCUCAGGUUCCCGUGCACCUCCACCCUGCUGUGCCACUGCUUCAGGUGCCUGCUGUCGAUGCUCAGAGCCUUCCACCGCCCCCUCCUCCGCCUCCACCCAUGCAGCAAGGCAGCCAGACUGUAGCAGCUCAGCCUGAUGGCCACAUGACUCAGAUGGUGAGUAACAUGGUGGGUUUUGGAAAACCGGCCCUGCUUCCCACACCUACCAAAGGUGGUGUUGCCACAGUGACCCAGGGCCAGCCAGCACCCAGUCAGGUGCUCCCAUCCUCUACAACUCAGCCUGGCCAUAACAAGGCUCAAGCUGACAGCUCCAAAAAGGAAAAGAAACAGCAGAUCCAAGAGAAAGCUAUAAAUGAAGUAAAGACAGCCAUCAAACCCUAUUACCAAAAGAAGGAAAUCUCCAAGGAGGAGUACAAGGAGAUUGUUCGCAAAGCAGUAGAAAAGGUGUGUCACAGCAAGAGCGGUGAGGUGGACUCCAGUAAGGUGGCAAACCUGGUGAAGGCCUAUGUGGACAAAUACAAGCACGCCCGGAAGAAAUGAGUCUCUUACCUGCUGCUGUGUGGUGACACCCUCAUAGACCCAUUCAGCUGCUCAAGUGCAAUUUCCUCUAGCUGGAAUCUGGCCUUCCAGCUGAACGAUGAUGGAGAGCCAACAGUUUUCUUUUUUGAUAUCUCCACCUUUUAUUGAAUGAUAUUUUUUUCCUAUAGAUUUUCAUAUUUUGUUAGAAAAAGAAUGACCCAAUCAGAAUUGUAAUGCAAGAGCCCUUUAUUUUGCAUAGAUUGUGUAACUUGGGGACUACUGUGAGGAAGCAUGUAGGGGUGGUUGAUACUAAAGACACAACACUCAGUGAACGACAUCAGCUCAUGUAGUGGUGAGCCUCUCCCAGGGUGCCAGCUUGUACAAUGAAUUUUUCCUCCAUGGCAUUCUGACUGCAAAGCAUAUUAAUUAAAUAUUAUAUGUUCUUUUAAAAAAAUUUCAGAUGAACACCUAGUUUAAAAAUGAUUUAUUGCCUUUAUUAAUUUUUGUGGCCCAACAAUGGGCUGCAAUCUUGGGUGACUGUAACCAGGGCCCUGAUUGGUGGGUUUGGCUGGCCAAUCAGCAUGUGUAAUGUAAGGCACGGGUGCCCAGGAGGGCAAAUCAGGUGAAAUUGAUCCUGUGUUCUGCCGAAUGGAUACUAAAUGUUAAAGUGUGAACAUGAACUGCAAAGUGUGUCCAGAGAGUUGUGAAAAUAAAUUAGCUGCUUCCUGA